ACACAGGGUGGUGGUUUAAGAGUAACAUUGGUGUGGUUAGUAGAGAAGGUUUUCGGUGAGUUGUUGGGGCCUAGUGCGGCGGAUGUUUGGCCUUGGUGACGAUCAUUUCCGGUGCUGACAGCGGCCGCCGGCCUUGGGCCUAGAAUCCAAGAUGGCGGCCACUGAGUCGGAAGAGGUUCCGUCUAUCUCGAAGUUUUUAAUGGACUGUUCGCCGAAGGACAUCGCCUUGAACUGGCUUCAAGCAACAGAUUUGACCAAGGAUGUGUAUCAUCACCUUGCCUAUUUUGUACCAAAGAUUUAUUGCAGAGACUCCAACCCCAAUCCACUUAAUGAAGAAAUGUUAGCUCAACAUAUUCUAUUGGAACCGUUAGAAUGGUACCUUUGUGGAGAGGAUCCAGCUAUGGGAAUUAUCAAACUUGAAAAGGCGAAUAAGUCAUCACAGCUCUGCGGACGUGUUUUCAAAAUUGGAGAGCCUACCUAUUCGUGCAGGGAUUGUGCAGUAGAUCCAACUUGUGUGCUAUGCAUGGAAUGCUUCUUGGCCAGCAUGCACAGAGAACAUAGAUAUAGGAUGACGACAUCAGGUGGAGGGGGUUUCUGUGACUGUGGAGACACUGAAGCAUGGAAACAAGGUCCAUAUUGUCAAAAACAUGAACCUUCUGGCUCAGAAGCUCUGGAAGAGGAUCCACUGGAGCAUUUAUCGGAAGACAUAAUUGGACGUGCCUAUAAUAUUUUCGCAAUUGCAUUCAAAUAUGCAGUAGAUAUGCUAACAUGGGUAGAGGAAGAGAGACUGCCUUCCGGAUUGGAGCCACUGGAAAAGGAAGACACUUAUUAUUGUAUGUUAUUUAAUGAUGAAGUCCAUACUUACGAGCAGGUGAUUUACACAUUGCAGAAGGCUGUGAACUGUACACAAAAGGAAGCUGUUAGUUUUGCCACUACUGUGGAUAGAGAUGGUCGUAGAUCAGUUCGAUAUGGUGACUUCCAAUAUUGUGAGCAAGCUAAAACAGUAAUAGUGAGGAAUACUAGUCGACAAACCAAACCGCUAAAGGUGCAAGUGAUGCAUUCAUCUGUUGUUGCACAUCAGGCAUUUGCCAUAAAGUUGUUGAUAUGGCUGAGCCAGGUGAUUGGUUAUUCCGGUGGAUUGAGGCGAAUAUUGUGUCAAGUAGGGUUACAACAAAGACCAGAUGAGGACCAUUCUUCUCUCAUUGAUAAAUUGAUGCUGAGUGACUCAAAAUUAUGGAAAGGAGCACGAAACAUAUAUCACCAGUUAUUUAUGAGCAGCCUUCUGAUGGAUCUGAAAUAUAAAAAACUAUUUGCAGUCCGAUUUGCAAAAAGCUAUGAGAGGUUGCAGACUGACUAUGUGAAUGAUGACCAUGAAAGAGAGUUCUCGGUUACCGAUCUCUCAGUGCAAAUUUUCACAGUGCCUUCCUUGGCACGCGUGCUGAUAACAGAAGAAAACCUCAUGACAACCAUAAUUCAAACUUUCAUGGAUCACCUGAUGAGACAGCGAGAUUCUCAUGGUAGAUUUCAGUUUGAAAGAUAUACAGCCAUACAGGCCCUCAAAUUCAGGAGGGUACAAAGUCUCAUUGGUGAUUUGAAGUACGUAUUGGUUAGCAAACCAACCGAGUGGACGGACAAACUACGAGAGAAAUUUCUGGAAGGUUUUGAAGUCUUCUUGCAGCUUUUAAAGCGUAUGCAGGGAAUGGAUCCAGUAACAAGACAAGUAGGUCAACACAUAGAGAUGGAACCCGAAUGGGAGGCAGCAUUUACCUUGCAGAUGAAACUCACGCAUAUUAUUUCAAUGAUGCAGGAAUGGUGUGCCUCAGAUGAAAGAGCACUUAUUGAAGCAUACAGGAAGUGUUUGAUUGUUUUAUUACAAUGCCAAAUUGGGCCUGGUGAUGGUGAGCAGCCUAUCACAUUGAACAUGUGUGGGCAUUCUUUGGAUAGUGUACAGUAUCGUGUGUCUCAACAUCAAGUCAGCAUCCAUUUGCCAGUUUCUCGUUUGUUUUCAGGAUUGCAUGUGCUCUUGAGCAAAACAGAAGUGGCGUACAGGUUUCCAGAAUUGUUGCCGCUUAGCGAGUUGAGCCCACCACUGCUCAUAGAACAUCCACUUCACUGUAUGGUACUUUGUGCACAAGUUCAUGCUGGAAUGUGGAGGAGAAAUGGAUUUUCAUUAGUCAAUCAGAUCUACUAUUAUCACAAUGUAAAAUGCAGAGUUGAAAUGUAUGACAAAGACUUAAUAAUGCUCCAGGCAGGAGCAUCUAUGAUGGAUCCAAAUCAUUUUCUCAUGAUUAUGCUUUGUCGAUUUGAGCUUUUCCAUAUAUUUAACAAUCCUCACUAUGGAAAAAGAUUCAGCUCUGAACACACCAACAAGGAUGUUCUGCAACAAAACAAUAUUCUAAUUGAAGAAAUGCUUCACCUGAUCAUGAUGGUAGUUGGAGAGCGAUAUACUGCAGGAGUUGGCCAAGUGUCACCUGAAGAUGAAAUCAAACGUGAAAUUGUCCAUCAGCUAUGCAUAAGACCAAUGGCACAUAGUGAGCUGGUCAAAGCUUUGCCAGAAGAUGAGAACAGAGAAACUGGAAUGGAGAAGGUCAUUGAAUCUGUCGCUUAUUUCAAGAAACCAGGUUUAACAGGAAGAGGCCUUUAUGAGCUAAAACGUGAAUGUGCCAAGGAAUUUAACGUUUUCUUUUACCAUUAUUCCAGGGCUGAUCAAUCUAAAGCUGAAGAAGCUCAGAGAAAGUUAAGGAAGCAGAAUGGAGAAGACACAGCUCUUCCACCUCCUGUACUUCCUCAGUUUUGCCCUUUGUUUGCCAGCCUGGUAAACCUCCUUCAGUCAGAUGUCUACGUGUACAUUCUGAGGACAGUGUUGCAGUGGGUUGUGGAGCCGAAUGGACAUGCAUGGACUGAGAGCAUGUUACAGAGGGUUUUGCACUUGAUUGGAAUGGCUUUACUUGAAGAGAAACAACAAUUAGAAAGUGCUAAUGAAGACAGUGAUUUUACUUUUAACUUCACAUCAAAAGUUUCACGUCCUGGGGAAGCUCCAGAAAACUCACCAAGUAUUUUGGCAAUGCUGGAAACCUUGCAAAAUGCUCCCCAUUUAGAGGUUUAUAAGGACAUGGUCAAAUGGGUACUUAAGCUUUUUGGACUUAUUAAGAAGUUGAGAGAGCGGAAUAACUCGGCACCCGUCAUGGAGGUAGAAGGGCACAGUGUGGAUGAGUGUUUGCGAGAUAAAGAUAAAGCCGAUCGAAAGCGGAAAGCUGAAAUUGCUCGCCUGCGUCGAGAGAAGAUAAUGGCUCAGAUGUCAGAAAUGCAGAGGCAUUUUAUAGAUGAAAAUAGGGAAUUAUUUCAACAAACGUUAGAAGAACUAGAAGCUUCAUCUUCCACAGCACCUGACAACAGCCCAAUAGUUCCUGAUGCAGCAUUGAUUGCUUUGGGUCCGAAACAAACAAAGGUUUUUGACAAGAAGCAAAUUGUAACCUGUAUCUUGUGUCAAGAAGAACAAGAGAUUAAACUGAACAGCAAAGCAAUGGUUUUGGCAUCUUUUGUUCAAAGGUCAACAGUCUUAUCUAAGAACAGGUCGAGAACCAUUCAAGAUCCAGAAAACUAUGAUCCAUUGUUCAUGCAGCCAGAUUUGGCCUGUGGCACCCACAUUGGUAGCUGUGGACACAUCAUGCAUGCCCACUGUUGGCAGAGUUACUUUGAUGCAGUUCAAGCAAAAGAGCAAAGGAGACAGCAGAGAUUAAGGGUGCAUACGAGCUACGAUGUGGAGAAUGGGGAAUUUCUUUGUCCUCUGUGUGAAUGUUUGAGCAACACUGUUAUACCUUUACUUCCUUUGUCUUGGAGCCUACAGAGCAGUGACAAUUCAAGAAGCUUUUCGGGUAUCCCUGUAUUAUCCCAAUGGCUAAAAUGUACUUUGCAACAGUCGAAAGUCCUGAAGAAAAUCGAUGAAAAGCAGCCAAUAUCUGCAGAUAACACCAAUGCCAGCCUAGAAGGAAUUGAACCCCUUGACAGAUUUCGACCUGAUGUAAAACCAAAGAAUCCUUAUUCAGAUAGCAUCAAGGAGAUGCUUACAACAUUGGCUACAGCAACAUACAAAGUGGGGCUGAAGGUUCAUCCCAACGAUCAGGACCCACGUGUUCCUAUACUGUGCUGGGGAGGCUGUGCAUACACAAUUCAAACAACAGAGCGUUUCCUGGCAGAUGAAGAAAAGCCACUCUUUGGUCAUCUGCCAUGCAGACAGGACGACUGUUUAAAGGCCCUAACCCGAUUUGCUGCAUCACACUGGACUGUGAGUUUUCUAUCUGUGGUUCAGCAACACUUUGCUCGACUGUUAGCAGUUCUGGUACCUGAUGACAAUAAGACGCAGAUUCCUCCAUCUAUUCUUGAUGUUGACAUGUUCCAUUUAUUGGUGAGCUUGGUGCUUUCCUUCCCAGCUGUGCACUGUCAUGACUUCAGAGGAGUCAGCUUAGCUGUCGGUGUCCUUCACCUUUUUCAUUUGGUUACCAUGGCACAUAUUGUACAGAUUCUACUUACAUCUUCAACAGAGGAAAAUAAUAUGGAUCAGGAGAGUACUGAUGGAGAUGAAGAAUCUGCUGCCUUUACUUUGUAUGACAAACUCAGGCAAUACUCUGGAAGUGCCUUGAAUUUUAUGGCCUCUGGUUGGCACCUCUGGCAAUAUAUCAAGACCGGAAUCAUGCCCUAUCUACGAUGCUCUGCUUUGUUCUUUCACUACCUUAAUGGUGUCCCAGUACCAGUUGAACUGCAAGAGAUUGGACCACACCAUUUUGAACUGUUGUGUCAUUAUCUUUCUCUGCCAAUAAACUUAAUGAGUCUUUUCCAGACAAACAGUGAUACUAUUGAGCCAUUGAUGCAAAAAUGGUGUGGAGCUGCAGAAGUGCUGAACUUUGUGAAAGGGGAGAGAAAAGCUAUUAGUUAUCCCAGGGAGUCAAAUAAAUUGAUAGAUCUUCCCGACGAUUAUAGUUGCCUCAUAAACCGGGCAUCCUGUUUUACAUGCCCGAAAUCUGGUGGCGAUAAAAGUCGAGCACCAACUCUUUGCUUGGUGUGUGGUGGAAUGCUGUGUUCUCAGAGCUACUGCUGUCAGACGGAGCUAGAAGGUGAAGAUGUUGGGGCUUGCACUGCUCAUACAUAUACCUGUGGGUGUGGAGUUGGAAUUUUUUUGCGAGUUCGGGAAAGUCAGGUCCUGUUCCUAGCUGGAAAAACAAAAGGCUGUUUUUACCCACCACCCUACCUGGAUGAUUAUGGAGAGACAGAUCAGGGACUGAGACGAGGAAAUCCACUUCAUUUGUGCAAAGAACGAUACAGGAAACUACAAAAACUGUGGCAGCAACAUAGCAUUACAGAAGAGAUUGGUCACGCACAAGAAGCAAAUCAGACACUAGUUGGCAUCGACUGGCAACACUUGUGAUUUAUUGUCAAUAGAACAGACACUUGGCACAUCUGAAGCAAAAAAAAACUCUCGUGGGAAGUCAGAGGAUCAGGUUAAAUGAAAUACACCUCAGGCGACCCAUUUUUGGAACACUUGCUCCUUAUUUACAGUAACAACAUGUUACAUAACUCUUCACCUGUCAUUAAGAAAAUGUGGAACGCUUGUGAAGUGCAUUAUUUUAGAUGUCAUUUGCUUUAUUUGCACUUAAAAUCUCCUGAACAGUGAAACAUUUUGGGUAAUAAAGCCCACAUUUUCAAAAUAGCUGAAUUUUAUUUUGAAUCCAAAUUAUUUAUCAGGUUUUAGACUAAUACAAUAUUGACAUCCAAAGUGUGUUUCUGUGCUCUAUAGUUAGUGGUGUUUGAUUAACAAUGUGGGUCGUCAGAAAUAAGUUGCUGAACUUCAAUUGAAAGCAAUUUUUUAAAAUUCUUGCUUUCCCUCUCUAUCCUGGUUUCUUUCAACGGUCAACUUGGUUGCACCAAUUUGAGAAUGUGCAUUUUUUAGGUGUGCAUCUGCUUUCAGUCAAGUAAUCUAAAAUUGAGUACGUUGGUCACCAGUACAUGAUAAAGCUUCCUCUAUUAGAAAAAAAUAAUUGUCAUUUGAGGUUAAGAAUCUGACUCCUUGUGCUCUGAUAAAAGGUAUUAUAAAAUGCAUUGAAAGGAUCAAUAGGGCUAUGUUAAUUUUAAAAAUGGUAGCCUUAUUAUUGAAGAGAUAUCGUAUAUCAGGCUAGUUCAUGGUAAUCAUUAGUGAGAAGAAUUGAUCAUCAUGAACUACGCUAUUAAUGGGAAUGAUGGUCGGUGAAGAGAAAAUGGUUCAAUUUUUAUUCUUUUAAUCUUUGCUUAUUUAAAGCAUUCCAUUAUGAAUUAUUUGCUUAUGAUUAUGUUCUGGUUUGCUCUUCGCGGCUACAAGCAACAAAACCCAUGAUAAAGACCCUUUAAUUCCUUUAUUCUUUUGCUGCAGUCGAUCAUUAAUUUAUUCAGACAUGACAUUCUCGAAACAAUCAAAAAGAAACAGAAUAAAAUGGGUCAUAUAAUUAGUAUUGUUCUGAAGGGAAAAAAGACAUUCAGCACACCAGUAAGCAUUUUAUCUCAUCAGUUUCACCAGUGCAAGAUUUUAUUUAGUAAGAUGAGGAAAUGAAUUGUGUUAAUACCUUUUUAAGGAGUCGCAUCUAAUUCACACUUAUACCUUUGUGUACUAGGGUAUAUUAAUUAGCAUACAAAUGUGCCACAUAUCACUUUAUUCUGUCAGAAUUAGAGUUGGAUGGUUAAAAGGUAAGCCAAGUGAUCAAAAAUGGGAAGAUCGUCAUGUUUAUAACUAUAAUUAGAAGAAUUGAUCAGUACUUUAGGAGUUGACAAAGUUAACAGUUCGUCUUGUCCAGAGUGAUAUCUCCUCAUUUUUUCAGAAUUAAGUAAAAAUCCUCAUGCAGUAAAUUUAAGAGGAAUGAACAGCAAUAUAAUGUAUUUUAAAGGGGAACUCCAGUUAAUUAUGAUACAUUGGGGUUUUCAGUACAAAACUUAAUUAAUCUUCAACAACACUGUUUAGAAUCAUACAAAAUCGAAUAAAGGGGACGAAAGUCCAUUCUGGACUGAAAAUCAAGUGCAAUAACAGAUAAUUUUUGAGUUAGUAUAUAAAGAUCAGGAAAGGAUAUGGAAUUUUAACUAACGUCGGUGAUAAGCUUGCCAAAAUUAAAAAAAAAUAA